UGAAAUUCCUAAUGGAGCUGUAGCAGGUGACGCUCAUUUUUCUUUCUGGGUCGUACAGUCGAUCCGGUGUUACAGCGAAGAUGCCCUGUGCAGGACACAGCAAAUAAACCCUCCCAAGUUGCAGUACCGGACAACCAUGAAUCUAUGAUCACCCUCCUUUACAGCCCACACAAAAGAAAAUCAUUAAAAAUUAUAACCCAUCUCUCUCUCUCUCUCUCUCUCUCUCUCUCUCUCUCUCUAUCUCUCUCUCUCUCAUCAUCAAAGCCAAUCUUCUUCUAUUCAAAUUUUUUUUUUUUUUAGUCUUCUUCUUAAAUCAUUCGUAUUCUUCCCUUUCUUCCGCUUUCUACUGUUCCUUGUUGAUUCGCGAGGGGUUUAAGGUUUUCUCUCUGAAACAUCAAAAGAAGAAAAGGGGUUGGUUAUUUUUUAUACUGGAUUUGAAUUUGAAUUGAAUUGAAUUGGUGGUUUGGUUUAGUUUGUAGAGAGUAAAUUAUAAAACCCCUGACGAGAGAGUGAGUGUGUGUGUCGGCGCGAGGUCACUUUCUGUCGGCAUUGUCUGUAUCCAACGAUGAUACCCACUAGGCUUUGCAUUAAACUAUUCCUUUUAAGUACAACGAAGACGCUUCAGGCUGAAGGGGAUUGAUUGUGUUGUUUUAUAUUUGAAUUUGAAUUUGAAUUGAGUUGAGUUUGUGAUGAUCCCAAUUCCCAAGUGGAUUUCUUUGCUCUUGAUUACUCCGAUUAUAUUUCAUUAUUGUAUUUGUGCUCCUUGAUUUGCCAGAGGAAUUUCUGUGUUUCUGGGAUCUGCAUACGAGGAUGUGUGUGUGAAUUUUGAUGUGGGCAUAUUAGUUGUAUGAACUGUGAGACCAUAUUAAACUUUUGAUCUGCAAAUGUAGCGGAGGCUUUCAGAGAUCUGGCUACUGCAUUAUUUCUGUGGGACUGCAGUGCUAGUUGAAGCGUUCCCAUAUCAAAUGUCCAGUUCUGCAGCAAUAAUAGGAGGCGCUGCUGGAGCCGUGGCAUUGGUUGGGAUAGUAAUAAUACUUGUUUGGUUCUGCCUGUAUCAUAGGAGGAGUGUUUUGAGAACUUUCGAGACUGGGUCUUCUGAUCCAUCUACUGAAGUGGGAAGAAAUGUUGGGGUUGAGUUGACAUUACGAGAUGCAAGGCGCUUUGAGAUGGAAGAAUUAUCUGUGGCUACGAAGAACUUUAGCAGCAAGAGUUUGAUUGGGGAAGGAAAAUUUGGGGAGGUGUAUCUGGGUUUACUCAAUGAUGGAAUGCUUGUAGCCAUUAAAAAGCGACAUGGAGCAACUACUCAGGAAUUUGUAGAAGAGGUUCGCUACCUCUCCUCCAUACAGCAUCGGAAUCUUGCGUCUCUUUUGGGGUACUGCCAGGAAAAUGGCAUGCAGUUUCUUAUCUACGAGUAUAUACCAAAUGGAAGUGUUUCCAGCCACUUAUACGGUGCAAAUCAGGUUUCACGUGAGAAGCUGGAGUUCAAGAAUAGACUAUCAAUAGCUCUAGGUGCAGCUAAAGGUUUGGCUCAUCUCCACUCCAUAAGUCCCCGUUUGUUACAUAAGAAUUUCAAAACAGCGAAUGUUCUUGUUGAUGAGAAUUUCAUACCUAAGAUCGCUGAUGCUGGACUCCGCAAUUUUCUUGGAAGAGUAGAUGUAGCAGGACCAUCUUCUCAAGUUGCAGCUGAUGAGAUAUUCCUGGCUCCAGAGGUGAGAGAAUUCAGACGGUAUUCUGAAAAAAGUGAUGUAUACAGUUUUGGGGUAUUCCUUCUGGACUUGGUAAGUGGGCAGGACGCAAUGGAUUUGCCACUUGCAGACUCCAGUCAAAACCUGGUUGAAUGGGUGCAAGCUCACCAGGAUUAUAACGAUAUUUCUCGCAUCAUUGAUCCGAGAAUGGGAACUAGCUUUACAGCUGAAGGCAUGGAAGAGUUCAUACAGUUGACAGUCCGUUGUGUGGACUCUUCUAGUGAGAGACGUCCUUCCAUGAGCUAUGUGGUAAUGGAACUUGAUCGUAUACUUGAGAAAGAAAUGAGUUUGACUACAAUCAUGGGGGAAGGAAUUUCAACUGUGACUCCUGGAAGCCAGCUGUUUAAAGCAUCAAAAUGAAAGAAAUGAGGGUAUCUUCUGCAUCUGAUUUGUUGUGGGAUUUUUAUGAAAUAUUGUUCGUCUCCUCUCUCUUUAUCAAUCAAAGCAUCAAAGAAGAAAUUCAGCUGUUUGAUAAUUGUAUAAAGAACAGCUGUGAUAUUUUUUAAAUUCUUUUCCGGUCAUAAAUGUAUGAGAAAUCUUGUUGUAAACUACUAUCUGUUGUUUAUAGCAUAGUGAAAGAUGGGGUUGGCUUGAUUUUUUUUUUAUAAUAUAUUUGAUCCAAUGAUUCUUCAA